UGGCGCUGACGCAGCGGCCGCGCUGGGCGAGCGGGAAGGGAGCGGCCCCUGGCGGCGGGGAGGACGGGGAAGUGCCGCCAUGUCUGAGGGGAGGCAUUUCCGGUUCCCGCCAACAGAGAGCGGAGCGACUUCCGGUUUCCACCUCCUCCCGCCUCACACAACUUCCGGUUGCCGCCAAAUCUCGCUUCACUCCACUUCCGGUCGCCGCUCUUUCGGGUUCUUUCUAUCCCUACGGCUCCCCGCGGGUUUUUCAGCGCGGGGGAAGCGAGUGGCUGAGGGGAGGGUUGAUGGGGCCGUGAUUGAUUGGGGACGUAGUUCAUUACAGCUAAAUAAAUGCUGCAGCUCGGAGUUGGGGAAAGCGCCGCCAUGGUGGGAAGGACUGGGGAGACGAGUGAGCGCGGCCGCCAUCUUGGAAAGGGCUGGGACAACUUUUGAGCGUCAGCCGCCAUGGUGGGAAGGUCAAUGGCCGCCAUAUUGCGGGGGUUAGAUGUCAUCUAGGUAAGGCGGUUUGGGCGCCAUCUUGGGACGGUCAAACCCGCCAUAUUGUGUGGGUCUGCUGCUCGUCUGCCGCCAUGUUGUACUAGUGGGCCGCCAUCUUGGGGAGGGCAAAGCGUCCUUAUUGGGGAAGGGCGCUGGGGAUGGUGGGGAGGGUUGUCCUUGCGCCGCCAUUUUGGUGAGGUCACCGCUCCGUGUGGGCGUGUUCGUACCGGAAGUGGCCGCGCUCAGCGCCGCCAUGAGGCCGCCCGAGGCCGUCCCUCCUCGCGGGGGGAUCCUGCGACGGGGGGAGCGCGGGGGUGGCCCCCGCCAGGUGCGGUUCGAACUGGAGCCCGCGGGGCACGCCGGGAAGGAGGCGGACUGGGAGGCACCGCCCCCCCCCCCGCUGGGGACCCCCUCCCUCCACAGCUCGCGGGGGGGGGCGGCGCCCCCUCCCCCCCCACCCUUCGACGCCCCUCGAGCGGCCGCUGAGCGCCUCGGGGGCUCCUUCCGGGCGCGCUGCGCCGUGGGGGGGGCGGCGGGCGCCAUCAAUGUGCCCCCCACCCACCGCCUUUUCCAUGGCCUCAUCAGCCUGACCGUGCCCCCCCGCCCCGAGCCACGCAGGGGGGUCCUGCCCCCCACGCUGCCCCCCAACAAGGACCCCGGCCCUGAAGUGAUGGCGCUGGCAGGGGGGGCUGGAAAGGGGCAAGGGGGGCCCUUAUUACCCCCUUUUGCCCCCCCUGAACCCCCUCGGCCUCUUCCGAGCCCCCCAAAAGCCAUCUUUCUUAUGUACCGUAAACUGCAGCAGUGGGGGGUGGCCUGAAAAGGGGG